ACACACACUGCGAGCCUGCUGCUGCUUCACUUACUCUCAUCACCACCGAGGGAGACAUUACUAUCAGCAAGGGGGCAGCGGGAGGCACGAUUACCCGUCAACAAUGUAAAUCUCACACAGAUUCAACAUGAAAGCAGCAUCUAUCAGGUGGAAAGGUGAACUGCAGCACUAAAACAGCCAGAACUGAGUGGAAACCUUGUGACACCCAUCUCCACCUCUCUCUGUCAGCAGCAUCAUGGCAAAUGCUGAUAGGGAAGUGGAGCAGGCCGGUCUGUCAGACUUGGAGAUCAUCUCCCAGCCAGUGGAGGAUGAGAACCAGUACUUGGCUCCUCCAGUCCAGCUGGUGAGUUUUGGCUACAGAGAUCUGCCCCUCGCUGCUCUGGACCUCUCGCUGGCUGGCUCGCAGCUUCUCUCCAACGCAGAUGAAGAUGAAAACAGGGAAGGGUCCAACUGGCUGAAGCCCUGCUGUGGCCGUCGCGUGGCCCUGUGGCAGGUCUGUCUGCUCAGCGCUGGCUUCAACUGUAUCCUGGUGGCCUGUGUCAUCCUGGUGGUGCUCUUCCUGUCGUUGGAGCUUCUCAUAGACACCAAACUCUUACAAUUUUCCAAUGCUUUUCAAUUUGCCAGCAUUAUCCACUGGAUCAGCCUUAUCAUCCUGUCACUCUUCUUUUCAGAGACUGUCUUCAGAAUUGUAGUCCUUGGGAUCUGGGACUACAUAGAGAACAAAGUUGAGGUGUUUGAUGGUGCUGUCAUCGUGCUGUCCCUGGCCCCCAUGGUGGCCUCCACGGUGGCCAAUGGGCCCAGCAGCCCCUGGGAUGCCAUCAGCCUCAUCAUCACUCUACGCAUCUGGAGGGUCAAGAGGAUCAUUGAUGCUUAUGUGCUACAAGUCAAAGUUGAGAUGGAAUUGGAGAUCCAGCAGUGUGAGAAGACCAAGGCUGUGAGGGAGGAACAGCUGGAGCGUCUCACUCAGAUCUGCCAGGAACAGGCUUUUGAGAUCAGGCAGCUGAGGGCCCAUCUGGCCCAGCAGGACUUGGACAUUGCAGCAGAACGUGAAGCAGCAAUGCAGAUCCAUCAUGUUUGGGGCAAACAGGGCAGGAGUUUUCAGGUUGUAGAAGGCUUGACUCCUGGGGAGUCUGACGAUGAGAGCGGCCAGAGAAACCCCAGGGAGCCUCAUGCCACUGCAGAUCCAGUUGUGCGUGAUGACAUGAACAACUACAUUAGCCAAUACUACAGUGAAGCAAGCAGUGAUGCUGGAGCUUCUGGCUUAGGUGCCCGGGUCAUCACCAUGGCAGCCAUCGACGUCCACCUCCCCACCAAUCCAAAUCCCAUCCAGUCAAACCCGAUGCUUGCGAUGGAGCGGGUGGGCAGCGCCGUAAGUGACGCCUCAACCAGCAUAUCACGGUCCAGUGGCAGCCUGACGGCCCGCCCCCACAGCCUGAGUAGCCACACCCCGGGUUCAUCUAUGACAGACUGCAGCAGCAGCACAGCUCAGGACCUCAGUCUGAGCUAUAGCACCCAUCGCUGCUGUCCGCCUUCCUUCUCAGGCAAGGACCCCUGCAGGGACCCCAGCGUGGUGGUGCAGGAGCUACUCUCCUCCCUCUCUGAGGACUCCUGCCUUGCUCAAAAGGGCCUGGCAGUGGACCCUGUCAACCUUAAGCUUCCCAGCCCAACUGGCUCAGAAAAAGCCAGCCCUGAGCUGGACAACAGAAUAAACAUAUUCAACCGCAGGAACCAAGAAGAGAGACGAGGCCGGGGACGGGGCUGUGUCCUGUUGCAGACCAAGCCACUGAUCCACCUGCAGGGCAGCACCACCGAGCCGUCCCUGGAGGAAAAGUACCGGCUCCUGGGACCAGCUGACACACCUCUGGGGCACAUGCCUGAUACAUAAGCUACAUUUACACAGAAACAGAGGUCUUUUCUCUACUUCUACUGCCACCCUGUUUGGCAUUUAUCUGAACUCUUGUGGCAGGUCAGAGAGGCACAUAAGAUUUAAAAAUUGGAUUUUUCUGUCGCUGUGUAAAUCCAAUCUAAGCCAAUUCAGAGCAAGCUUGAGCCUUAGCUUCCAGCUAACACUGAUGCUCCUUACCUUGACGUGUUCAGAAGUCAACAGUAGAAAUGAGAACUUUUAGGCCCUUUGCCAUACAGCCCAACCUCCCCUGUUCCUCCUUGAUGGAUUUUUGAAAUCAGAAAUUCCCUGAUAUAGCACAACAAAGACAAAACACCCCAGUACUGGGCGGUCUAAUGUGUUCUUGGACACAUUCUUCAUCAGGAAUUCACACUUUGAAUAGGUCCUAAAUGCACUGAACUUUACAUGAAUUAAAACCAGCAAGGGGCCAUUCAAGCCUAUACUGAACAAAAACUUUCAUUCUGAACCGUGUUGCAAACCAAGACACUGUUUUCUGUUCUUGGGAUUUCAAGCAGUUAAAAGGAGUGUUUUCUAUUGCAUUUUUCUUGUUCUUUUCUUUCUUUUAAUUUGUAUGAUCAACGUUAAACAUCAGUCAUGCUGUUCUUUGUUCAAAGAGCCACAGGGUACAUAAGACUGGCUUAGCUAUACAAACAGACAAUUUUUUAAACUUUGCCUUUCUGUCACCUAUUUGUUUGAUUAGACCAUCAUCAGAAUUGAUUAAAUAGCAUUUUUGUUUUACUUGUAAAAAAAAAACACAUUAGUAGGGUAUAUUUGUGUGGAUGAAAUGAAAAGGUAAGUGACUGGAUUCUUCACAUGAAACUAGAUUGGAAUGCUUGUAGCAUGAACCUUUAAAAAGAUGUGUGCCCUAAAUGGCAAGCAAAUUCUUUGCACUUUAAUGUUUACAGACACUUUUGUAAACUUGAUAUGGAGGAAGUUAUUGCCAAAUGCAGGUGUUGUCAUUUGAAUGAAAAUAGCAAAAAUAAAAGUUAGUAUUUCCUUAA